AUGUGGGGAUAACUACCUGCCCCGCUUUUGGCUAAAUGGUCCACAUAUCCCCGCAGCGCGGCUUUCUAUCCGGUGUGUAAUCGUGAGGUACUUACUGCGACUAUUACGAUCACACUGUGAGGCCAGGUACAUAAUGGCUCAAUGCUCUCAUCCACCAUGGAGUUCAACAAUUGCUUACAAGCUUGGCCUAUUGAUUGAUAAUGUCUACUACCAAGCCGUCGAUAGGCUUUUGUGGGCUAGGAGCUAUGGGCUUUGGCAUGGCCACACAUUUCGUGGAACGGGGAUAUAUAGUGAAAGGCUUUGAUAUAUCCCAAGCAUCUUUAGAUCGCUUCGAACAAGCUGGUGGAGUCCCAGUAGCAACACUACAAGAGUCUGCAGAAGGAAACGACUUCUAUAUCUGCAUGGUAGCAACCGCACAACAAGCACAAUCUGCUAUUUUCGACGACGCAAAACCCAUCAUCAAAGGUCUACCGAAUGGAGCAACUCUCCUUCUCUGUUCCACUGUCCCGGCAACAUACGCUCAAUCCGUCGCACAGCAACUGCAACAACUAGGUCGUUCCGACAUCUCUUUAAUCGACUGUCCGGUCUCCGGUGGUGCCGCGCGCGCGGUCAAUGGCACUUUAACAAUUAUGGCUGGUGCAUCGCCUGAAGCAAUUGCCAAAGGACAGUGGCUCCUCAAAGAGAUGUCCGGCGAGAACAAGCUCUUUAUCGUUGACGGUGGCAUCGGUCAGGGCAGCAACAUGAAGAUGGUGCACCAAGUACUUGCCGCAAUCCACAUACUGGCCGCGAGCGAAGGCAUGGGAUUGGCUGUGAAGCUGGGCCUAGAUCCGAGAAUAGUGGUAGAGAGGGUGAACGGGAGUGCGGCAUGGAGUUGGAUGUGGGAGAAUCGGACGACCAGGAUGUUGAACGAAGAUUACUAUCCUGGUGUUAGUGCGUUGACAAUUAUCCUCAAAGAUGUCUGUAUUGUUACAUCACAAGCUCGAGCCACUACAUUUCCAGUCCCACUCAGCUCCCUCGCCGAACAAGUCUACUUCUCCGCACUGAAUCAGGGGUAUGGACCUCACGACGACGCCGGCGUGCUACGCAUCUACCACAACACUUCCCUUUCUCAAACUCCGCAAUCAUGGCUGAGCGAAGACGAAGUGAAUAAGCGCACCAACCUCGUAAUUACCCUCCUCACAAAUAUACACCUCCUCGCCGCCGCCGAAGCACUCUCGUUCGCACGCCAUCUCGGCAUCCCUUUAGACCAGCUUUACGGCUUGGCCGUUGAUGCCGCCGGUGGCAGUCACAGUUUACGUGAUGUGGGGAAGCUGAUGAUCAGAGGGUUGAGUGGAAAUGAAAAGAAUUGGAUGGGCGUAUGCACGCACAACCUUGAUACCGUAGUGACAGAUUUGGCAGAGGUUGUGGGUGCGGCGCAGGAUCUGAAGAUGCCGCUGUUUCUGGGCAAUGCCGUUUUGGGCGCAUUUUUGGGUGUGAGGAUGAGGUUUGGUGGAGAUAUUGGUGAAGCGGCAGUGUUGAAAGCCUAUGUACAAUGAUAUAUAUUGUUUGUUGUAUAUGGAGA